CGAUUUUACAUCCUCAAUCAGGAGGCCCGUUAACAGAUGUCAGAGAGCAUUGAGCAGCGUGCAGAGACGAAAACAUGGAGCGAAAUGUUGGGUCGUUACAGGAGCAGGCCCUGAAGAGAAAAGAGAGGCUAAAAGCAAUACGAGAAAAACAACUUCAUGGGCGAGAGCAGGAAGACGGGGAACCAGAGAACAAAAAAGCUUCACUAGAGGAGACUACUGAGGAAAAGCACAGAGAGCUGAAGCUGAGGAAUUACACUCCAGAGGAUGAAGAGCUGAAGGAGAGGCAGGUGCCCAAAGCCAAACCUGCAUCAGUGGAGGAUAAAGUAAAAGACCAGUUAGAGGCAGCUAAUCCAGAGCCCAUCAUUGAAGAAGUGGAUUUGGCCAACCUCGCCCCAAGAAAACCAGAUUGGGAUCUAAAGCGUGAUGUGGCAAAGAAACUGGAGAAGUUGGAGAGGAGAACACAGAGAGCCAUCGCCGAGCUCAUCCGGGAUCGUCUCCGAGGCAGUGAGGAGGAGUUGGCCGGAGCAGUGGGGGCAGUAGGACCGGAGGAGGGAGACUCGGAUUAAAUCCCAACAGAUACAUCCCUACAGAGGGAUGGCCUCGUUUUACUGGGACUGUACUGUCAACAUCUGUGUAGUGCUCAGGGAGGCUACUUUCAUCACAGAGUAACAUGUUUUCUGUCAGGUCUUUAUAUUCCCUUUGUGAGUCCUGCCUUGUGUCAUUGUAAUAUUACAAAUUAAUAUGUAGUAGUACAAUCUGUAACAUCAACAUUUUGUUGUAAUAUUUUAUAUUUUCAAGUAAAAUAAUGUGAAUUUUUCAAAAGCCUGAUUAUA